AAAACCAAUAGCAAUUGGUUGACUCUCUUUUUAUUUUGAGACAAUUUCUCAAAAGAAAUACCAACGAUGGACAAUGGCUGGCAAAUAGAGUAGCUGUAGCGAGCAAACAAACGAACGAUCAUACCACAAGCACGGGUCUUGGAGCAAAAUAAACAGAGACAGAUAAGAGAAAUAGUGAAACGAAGGGAUUUAAUACACACAAUGGUUUCCUCCAAACACUUAGUCCUCAUUGCCCUAUUGGGCUUCUCCACUUUCUGUCAUGCCAUCAACAUGGAGAGCAUGAUCGAUGAAGAAAAUGCCAAAUGUGAAAGUGGCAGUGACAGCAUGGCUUGCGUGAAAGUAAGAGCUAUGAGAUUUUUGGAUACUGUUAUGACUAAAGAAGAUUUCAAGAUCUCCAAUGUUGAGGUUAAAUCAAAUGGUUAUCAAGCUCCUACAUCGGUUGAAGGUAGAUCCAGCAGUGGUGACUUCUUUGAUGCUAUUGAAAACUAUAUCCAAGGUCAUGACGUUACCAUGGACUUGCCUAUGGCUGAUGCCAAAGUCACUGUCUCAUCCCGUAAUUUGAAUAACGAUGAAUUAAGUCUUAAUGUCAAAUUUGCGGGUGAGGGUGUCGUCGAAGGCAAGGGUAAGAAGGGAAACAUCUUCAAGAAGGGCAAGAAACAUCGUUUGCGUAAAAUGGCCAUGCCCAUUAUGGUAUUGAUCUUGUUGAAGGCUAUCACCAUCAUUCCCAUGGCUAUUGGUAUCUUGAAGAUUAAGGCUUUGAACGCUUUGGGUUUGGGUUUCUUCUCUUUCAUUGUUUCGGUUGGUUUGGCCAUUUUCCAAUUGUGCAAGAAGAUUGCCGCUGAACACCAUCAUUCUGCCCACAUCACCUCCCAUGGUCCUUGGGAUGGACGUUCUGUCAGUUCUAUUGCCAGCGUAGAACAAUUCGAAUCAAAUCCCUCCGCCCAAAACUUGGCCUACAGUGCUUACAAUUAAGUUUUAGUAACAUACCAAAAAAAACAACAUAAAGCCCCCUACCUUACCUCCCCAAUUUCCCCCUUUCCUUACCCCUUUAAACAUAACAAGGAAAACAAAACAAAAACAAAAGAAUUUGUAAAAGCUUCUUAAAACAACAACGACUACCUUCUAUAAGCUUAACUAUACGAGUAACUAUCCAAAAAAGGGAACAAAUUUUAAAUUAUAGCAAAAAAAGGUU